GGGCUCCCCUCAGGGACGCUGCAACUCGCCGAGGGCGGCCGCGGCGCCAUUUUGAAUCGGCUGCGGGUGGGAGGCGGCGGCGGUAGGGGAGUGCGGCUCUGUAUUCCCCGAGAAUCAACCGUCGAGAAGGGAGUGAGGCCCUGAAGAUGGCCGCGAAUCGCAACUUAAAGCAAGUGAGGAUCGAGAACAGCUCGCCGGCGGCGCCGCUGGGCAUGGUGGGGGGCGGCGGUGGCGGCGGCGGCGGCGGCCUGAAGGGCUUGCGAGGCCUGGAAGCGGAGAGCGAGGCGGCGGCGGCGGCCGCCAUGGCGCUGGUGCCGGGUAAAGAGGCUGGAGAUGAAGAGCAGGAGGUCGGCUUCACCAUCGACAUCAAGAGCUUCCUCAAGCCGGGCGAGAAGAGCUACACGCAGCGCUGCCGGCUCUUCGUGGGGAACCUGCCGACCGAUAUCACCGAGGAAGAUUUCAAGCGCCUCUUCGAGCGCUACGGGGAGCCUAGCGAGGUCUUCAUCAACCGGGACCGCGGCUUCGGCUUCAUCCGCCUGGAAUCUAGGACACUGGCUGAAAUAGCAAAGGCAGAACUUGACGGUACAAUUUUGAAGAGCAGACCACUUCGAAUUCGAUUUGCUACACAUGGAGCUGCCCUAACAGUCAAGAAUCUUUCACCUGUGGUUUCUAAUGAGCUGCUGGAACAAGCUUUCUCUCAAUUUGGGCCAGUGGAAAGAGCUGUUGUUGUAGUAGAUGAUCGUGGCAGAGCUACAGGAAAAGGUUUCGUAGAGUUUGCAGCAAAACCUCCAGCACGGAAAGCUCUAGAGAGAUGCAGUGAUGGGGCAUUCUUGCUAACAACAACACCUCGACCUGUUGUGGUAGAACCAAUGGAGCAAUUUGAUGAUGAAGAUGGGCUUCCAGAGAAGCUAAUGCAAAAAACACAACAAUAUCACAAGGAAAGAGAACAGCCUCCGCGUUUUGCUCAACCUGGAACAUUUGAGUUUGAGUAUGCUUCACGUUGGAAGGCUCUUGAUGAGAUGGAAAAGCAACAGCGUGAACAGGUUGACAGGAACAUUAGAGAAGCCAAAGAGAAACUAGAGGCAGAAAUGGAAGCAGCUAGACAUGAGCAUCAGCUAAUGCUGAUGAGGCAAGAUCUCAUGAGACGCCAAGAAGAAUUGAGGCGUUUGGAAGAACUUCGGAAUCAAGAACUUCAAAAACGCAAGCAGAUACAAUUGAGACAUGAGGAAGAACAUCGACGACGUGAAGAGGAGAUGCUACGGCAGAGAGAACAGGAGGAAUUGAGACGACAGCAGGAGGGAGGAUUUAAGCCAAAUUUCAUGGACAAUAGAGAACAGGAAAUGAGAAUGGGUGAUAUGGGUCCUCGUGGAGCAAUAAACAUGGGAGAUGCGUUUAGCCCAGCACCUGCUGGUAACCAAGGCCCUCCUCCAAUGAUGGGUAUGAAUAUGAACAACAGAGGAACUUUACCUGGCCCUGCAAUGGGUCCUGGUCCUUCCAUGGGACCAGAAGGAGCUGCAAAUAUGGGAACACCAAUGAUGCCAGAUAAUGGAACAGUGCAUAAUGAGAGAUUCCCUCAAGGAGGUCCAUCACAGAUGGGUUCACCUCUGGUUAGUAGAACGGGCUCUGAAACUCCUCAGCCGCCAAUGAGUGGUGUAGGUGCCGUGAGUGGUGGACCUGGUGGCUUUGGUAGAGGAAACCCAGGGGGCAACUUUGAAGGACCUAACAAGCGUCGCAGAUACUAAAACUUAUUUCAUUCCUUACUGUUAAGAAAUUCCAGUAAAAAUAUACAGUGAUAUGCCUUUAUAAUUUUAGCUGUUAUCUGGAAACGGUUUUAUUGUUAUUGUAGUCUUUAAAACGGUUUCUUUUGUAAAACUUUUUUGUAUUCAGUCAUAGGCUUUGUAGUAUAGAGCAGAAAUGAUGCAGAUCAUUAUGUAAGGCAAUGUGUUUGUGACUAGCAAAAUACAAUGUGUGACUAUGCUGUAAAACAUGCAGUUAUCUGAUUACAAUAAAAUAUAAAAAUCACUUGAAAGGAUUUUGGGAAUGUUAUUACUAAUACUGGGUGAGAAUUUUAUGCUUAAUUAUAAGUGGCAUUUUCAUUCUUAGUAUGUAGCUUCUACUGUGUGUCAAAACUAUUAAUAGUGAACGUACUCAGCUAGAAAUGCAUGUUGCAGUACAUACUAUGAGAACUUACAUUGCAACUGCUUACCUUUGCUUCAACUUUUAAAGAACAUCAAGUUUUAUACAAACUGUUUUCUUAAGAAUACUGUGUCCUCUUUUAUUUCAGUCUCCCUCUGCAAGCUUAGUCACAACAGACUUAUAGAGUAUCUGUCAUUCAAAUCAUUGAAAAAAUUAACUUUGGAGGAAAAAAGCUAAACCAAAAACAUAAAACCUCUGGAAAAAGAAUCUGUAUGUUUACUUUAUUCAUGAUGGUAUGAAUGAAUUUACCUAAAAUAUACUUAUGCAGAAGACAGAUUAUUGUGACAUGAGAUUGUUAAAGUAUCCUGGCAUCGAAGGAAGGAAACGCUUGUGCAAGCUGGUUUAAAGCCUUCCAUUGAUGUGCGAUGCAUCAUUAUAGGUAUAUAUUUCCCCCACUGGUUGCACUGAAACAAAUCUGUUGUCAGCAAUUAACUGCUUAAUUCACAGGCAGAUAAGGGUUUUCCACUUAAAAUGGUUGUUCGCUUAUAGCAGAGGAUUCAUAUGCAUCUAGAAGGACUGCACAUAAGUAUUCUUGAAAAACGUUUUACAGAAUGAUAAAUUUGAAAAAUACCCAUUCCCAACACAACACACACUAGUUUUGCUGAUUGAGUAUUGAGAUUAGAAAAAGCUGCUAUUGGAUUGAUAAAGCUGCUAAGAAGCUUAUUAUAUUCAGAUUUCAUCAGUCAUGGAAGAUGAUGGAAAAGGCCUAUUGGUUCUAUUCCUGUAAUGGCAAGAAAGUAGGGAUGUGUUUGGUUACUAUUGCUUUUUUUCCUGUGAAAGUGUUUUGUUUUGCAUCUGUUCUCUUCUGUUUUCUCAAGUAGAAAUAAUUAAAGUUUAUAUGCAUGAAUAGUGAUACUAAAUUGCUUCAAAACUGAUUUAAGAUAACAUUGUGCCCUAAUUAUAUUAGAAUUGUAUGUAGCUCAAGGCAUGGGAUGCAAGCAGCAGAGAGCAUGUAUAUGUUACUUUUUAAUAUAGCUGUGAUGGUCUUGGUGAAUUUAACUGUGAGCAAACGAGUAAAAUAAA